AAAAUAGCCAUUUUCCCAGGCAGCGGCUUCUUGCAAGAGCGACGCGGCGGCUGACAGCGGCAGGUCAUUCCCUGAGACCGAGCAGAGGAGGAGGAGGAGGAGGAGGAGGGAAAGCAGGAGCGCUUGGAGAGCCCACUGCUUCUCCCGCUGCAGGCUUCUCCACGGCUGAUUGGGAUUUAGGAUUAACUCGGUCCCUGUGAGCGAUGGUCCUGGCUGGAUUCUCCAAAGACCCUUAAAAGUCACCUUUCCUGGAACUGAAGAGGACAGCUUUGAGCUAUGGAGCCUCGGAUGCCACAUAACCUCACCGUGGUUCCCAAUGCCACCAUAGUGCAGCCACUCCUGGACAGCCGGAUCCCCUAUAGCAGGCUCCAGCAUCCUCUGACCAUUCUACCGAUCGACCAAAUGAAGACUACACAUAUUGAGAAUGACUACAUUGACAAUCCUGCCCUGGCCCAGCUGACUGCUCAGAAGCACCCCCUGGGCCACCACGAAGCCCCCCACCCACCACGGUGUGAGCCGGAUGUCACUCACCCAUGGAUCUCUUUCAGCGGGCGACCCAGCUCCAUCAGCAGCAGCAGCAGUACCUCUUCAGAUCAAAGGCUUCUGGAUCACAUGGUGCCAGCUCCAGUGGUAGAGCAGUCCUCGUCAUCUUCCCCGAGGCCUAUCAGGAUACAGCCCAAGGCCAUGAACUCAAAGCCCAUGGAUCUGAAGGGGCCGCCUGUCCCUCCGGAGCUGGACAAGCACUUCCUGCUGUGUGAAGCCUGUGGGAAGUGCAAGUGCAAAGAGUGUGCCCUGCCCAGGACUCUGCCCUCUUGCUGGGUCUGCAACCAGGCCUGCCUGUGCUCGGCCCAGAACCUGGUCAAUUACUCCACUUGCAUGUGCCUGGUCAAGGGCGUCUUCUACCACUGCACCAACGAGGACGACGAGGGCUCAUGCGCUGACCACCCUUGCUCCUGUUCCCACUCGAACUGCUGUGCCCGCUGGUCCUUCAUGGGUGCCCUCUCCCUGCUCUUCCCAUGUUUGCUCUGUUAUCUACCAGCCACCGGCUGCGUGAAGCUGUCCCAGCGCUGCUAUGACCAAGCGAGCCGGCCUGGGUGCCGGUGUAAAAACACAAACAGUGUGAUUUGUAAAGCCUCCCCUGACCAGAAAGUUAGCAGUAGGCCUGAGAAGCCAUUUUGAUCUCUGGGGAGACUGAGUUGCUGGUGGGAACAUGUAGAAACGCAUGACAGGAAGCAAGAGUUUCAUAACCUGUGUUGCAAGGAGAAUGUGUUUGCUUCCCACAAACAAAGAAAACAAAAUGUCUUCCCAGGAACUGAAGCACUUUGGAAUAUUCAGGGUUGUGGAAAAGGUGCGAGCUGUACUUGUAGAACAGAAAGGUGUGUUUCAAUAUUUUACAGAGCAAAGGCAGAUAUUUACUCAUAGGGCAACUGGUAGGCUGCAUCUAUUCUGGUCCUUAGUGUUGGGGGACAGCUAAGUCUACGUACUGCAAAGAUCAUUAACCAUAGGCUUACAUCUAACUGGAACAAGGAUAUAUAUGUAUAGCCCAGGGAUCCCAUUUUAAAUUUAAUUUUUACUGAUAGGCUGGUGGCAGAAAUGGGUUGAGCUUCUCUACAUGCCUACCAUUUUAUUCCCCGUUAAGGAUGUGUCUACAUUGUAGAAUUAAUGCAGUUUGACACCACUUUAACUGCCAUAGAUCUGUGCUGUGGAAUCCUGGAAGUUGUAGUUUUACAAGGUUUUUAGCCUUGCCUGCUAAAGGGUGCUUGUGCCUCACUAUGAAUCCUAGGAUUCCUUAGCAUUGAGCUAUGACAGUUAAAGUGGUAUCAAGCUACAUUCUCCAGUGUAGACGCACCAUAAGUAAGCUAUGCAUGAUUGCUCUCUCACACACAAAUAAUAAAUGUCUUUCUGUA